GACCCGACUGGCGCAAGCAGCUCUACGACAGGCUGCUCUUUGUGUCGGCCGUGGUGCCUUCACUCUUGGAGCCUUGCGGCCGUUGCCCACCGAGCUCCUUCGCAUCCCGCCACUGAACUUGUCGGGCCGUUUCCCACCUCAGGGCGGCGUGCAGUCGUUGGAUCCGAACCACCACAAGCCAGAACUGAAUGUGUGGGCUGAGUUCAACAACGGCGUGGCAGCAGCUCUGCAGGUCUCGGGACCCGGAGCAGAGGUGUCCCGCGGAUGGAUUCUUCACCACAGGGCGCAGUCUGCUCAGGGACAGGCCACCAAUGACAACCAGGUGUCCAACAACACCCACGCAGGCUUCCUCCUUGGUCUGGGUUUGCGAGGUUGCUUGAAAGUCCUCCCGGUGGCAGACUGCUACAAGUACCUCCGCUUGCAGCACGACACCACGAGUGCCGCUGUGAUCUUGGGACUGGCGGCUUCCCAUGUCUCCUCCAUGGAUGCUGGGCUCACGCGCACGUGCUGCGUGCACAUCCCUUCCAUGCUUCCGGUGACGUUCUCCGACGUUGAGGUGGCGAGCCCGGUGCAGAGCAGUGCCGUGCUUUCCUUGGGGCUUCUGUUCGCCGGUUCGGCUCAUCGGAUGAUGACGGAGCUCUUAGUGGCCGA